AUGCAGAGCCUCACGUUCGCCCGAGCGCUCCUGCAGAAGCAGCUGCCGGGCGCCACGCCCUUUGUGCCGCGCCCCGAUGCAGUGGACGCGGGCGUGCUGGCGUUCUCCGCGGGCGUGCAUGCGUUUGGAGAGCAAGGCGAGCGCGCAUUGCGGGCGUCGCCCCAUGCGCAGUUCUCCUGCAAGUAUGCUCUCGCGCCCUUCGUCUUGCUAGCAGGGCAGCUGGGGGCGGGCCGACAGGUGGAGGAGGACUGCGCUGCCUCCGUGCUGGUGCAGGUGCUGGGGGUGAAGGAGAGUGCUGAUCUGAAGGAGGGGUUUGGGUUCUUCGUGCAGCAUGUGCUGUCAGGCGGGCUGGAGAAUGCGCAUGCGGAGGGGAAGGGGCGUGGGGGAGCUGGGCGGAAGUCUGCUGGGAAGGCGGAGCGGAAGGGGGGUGGGGGAGGUGGGAAGCGUGCGGGGCUGAUGGGACAGACGGGGCAAAGCGGGAAGAUGGAGCAGGCAAUGGGCGCGGUGAUGCGGAUAAUGCAGAUGGGCGAUUGCAAGGGGCCGGAAGACUGGUUGCCAGUCAUGGAGGAGUAUGGAGUUGAGCUGGCAGAUGUGGCACACCUGGGCCAGAUGUUUGGGGGUGAUGGCGUCGGGGCCAUGGGAAUGGCUCUGCCUUUUGACCUGAAGGGAAAGGAAGUGGGAGAGCACCGAAAGCUGGGAGCCAUACUCUUUGCAACUUCUCAGAGCGCGAGCAGCAGCAAUGUGCAGGAUGCAGCUGUUGAGGAGGCCAGGGAGAGGCUGAGGAAGCGGAAACUGACAAUUGGGAAGUCAGGGAAAGAGGGGAGCGAGGGAGGGGCAACAGGAGGAGGAGCGGAAGCAGCACCAGGAAAAGAGCGACUAGCUGCCAGUGCUGCCGCUCUGUCAGCCAGAGCUGGAUCUGCUGAUUACAGCAGUGUCUCUGGUGGUAUGAGUGGAGGCAGCAGCAUGAGCAGCAGUGGGAUGCUCAGUCGUGGCCUCAUGCCUGUCAACACAGACCCCGCCGUUGGGCUGCUCACAUAUCGCGUUGCUUGCAUCUUGCAGUGGCUUCGAAUCUACGGCUCAGAUUUCAUCUCCGCCAAGAUGUGCUUCAAGGACAACCCACAGGGAAAGGUCCUGCCCAUGCGCCACCCGCUUCGGGAUCUUCCGAGCCUGCUGGUCCGGUUCGGCGCUGUUCUCCCGCCAUUGGACGAGAGCACCCGCCUCCCAGAGUGGGAGGAGUGGGCCGCGGGGGACGAAGCUGCUAUGAAGUUUCCUGAGGACUCCAGUGCGAGAUGUUUCGGGCUGGGCAGGGCUGAUGGCAGGCAGAGUCGCAGGAACAGUGGGAAUGGGGCAGCGCAGCAGGGAAGCGUCCGGCAACCUCUCACCAAACAAGUGCUGCCGCUUCAGAGCGGAGAAUCCUGCCCAAUUGUCCGGUGCAGGGCAGAUGUGGACUUGAUAGUGGAGUUUGCGGGUUUGUUCCUGGAGGCACCAGCAUGCGCGCACUGCAGCAAGUGCAUAACCCUAUACAACUCGCACGUCCCCUUGGUUGCUCUCAUUGCCAACUUCGCCUAUCGCCCUGCCGCCGUCCUUCUUGACCGCUUUCUCUCCGUCUUCAAUCCGCACUCUGAGGUCUUUCACAGCCUUCUCGUCCGCCUGGGGAUGGACUCUUCCUUUUACGCUCCUCACGGCAGCCUUUCUGGCAAGCGGAGCAGCAGCAGCGUGUGUGCGUUACGGGAGCGGGUGGAGAAGGUGCCGGCUGCGUUUUUGCUCAGCCUGGCACUGCUCUGCGCCACACCUCUCCUGCAACAGAGCGGGACGGAAGGCGGGCAGAAUACCAGGGCUGGAGGGGGGAGCUCUGGGGCUGAAGAGAAGGCAAGCGGGAGGAGGGCGAGAAGUGGGGAUUGCGGGAAAGGCAGACGUUGUGGAAAGGGUGGCAAGGGAGGAGGAAGUGAGUGCACGAGUGGAAGAGGCCACAGAGAUUUACCAGUGCGCUCUGCUGCCCAGAUUCCGUGA